AUGUCCGUUUUUGCUCGGGCCCCUCCCCCCAAGUCGGCCCUCGGCCGCUACCGUCUGCUCUCGCCACUCGCCAGCGUCCGUGUCAGCCCGCUGUGCCUGGGCGGCAUGAACCUUGGCGAAGCCUGGAAGGACUACAUGGGCAGCGUCGACCACAAGACCGCCGAUGAGCUGCUUGACUAUUUCUACGACAAAGUGGGUGUCUCGUGUGAAGGUGAUAUUGUAGGAGAGCAGCUCGGUCAGUCAGAUACUAAUACAACAGCAGAGGAGUCCGAGCAGUGGAUCGGCGAGUGGAUGGAGAAGCGCGGCGUCCGCGACCAGAUGGUCAUUGCCACCAAGUACACCACCAACUACCGCCAUCUGAAGCCCGACCACAUCCAGGCCAACACCACCGGCAACAGCACCAAGAGCCUGCGUGUCUCCGUCGAAGCGUCCCUCAAGAAGCUCCGCACCGACUACAUUGACAUCUUGUACGUCCACUGGUGGGACUACGCCACGAGCAUCCCCGAGGUGAUGCAGUCCCUCAACCAGCUGGUCCAGGCCGGCAAAGUCUUGUACCUUGGCGUCUCCGACACGCCCGCUUGGGUCGUCAGCAAGGCCAACGAGUACGCCCGCAACCACGGCCUCCGCCCCUUUAGCGUCUACCAGGGCAUGUGGUCGGCCGCCACGCGCGACUUUGAGCGCGACAUUAUCCCCAUGGCCCGCGACGAGGGCAUGGCUCUGACGCCCUGGGGCGCUCUGGGCGGUGGCGCCUUCAAGACCGAGGAGCAGCGCCGCCGCCAGCAAGAGCAGAAGGAGGGCCGCCAGGCGCCCGCCUCGCCCGCGGCGCUUGCCGUCAGCCGCGUCCUUGAAACGGUGGCCAACCGCCACAACACGGUGAUUACCAGCGUGGCCCUUGCCUAUGUCAUGCAAAAGACGCCGUAUGUCUUCCCCAUUGUGGGCGGCCGCAACACGGCACAGCUGCAGAGCAACAUUGACGCGUUGUCUCUCGUCUUGACCAAGGAGGACGUCGCCGAGAUCGAGGCGGCGGUGCCCUUCGACUUGGGCUUCCCGCACAACUUCUUAGCGUACUCCGCCGCGGGCAACACCUCCACACCCAACCACUACCAGAACGCCGGUCUCUUGGCCAUGUCGGCGACAUACGACUAUGUCCCACAGCAGCAGGCCAUCCGCAUUCCGAAGGACAUCACCAAGGCCGAGUAG